AUGCCCCUCAUCGCCAUCUCCUACUCCCACGGCAAACUCUCGAUUCUCAACCAACUCUUCCUUCCCCACCAAACCACAUAUGAUCCUAUCUACUCCGCGUGCGACGCCUGGCAUGCCAUCCACGACAUGCGCGUCCGCGGAGCCCCUGCCAUCGCCAUCGUAGCAGCCCUAUCCCUCGCCGUCGAAUUAUACGAUUUAAUACAGAAGGGCAAACUCUCCGAUCAGGCGAAGGAGGUUGAGAUCUUUAUACGGGAGAAGUUGGAGUAUAUAGCUAGCAGUCGGCCGACGGCGGUCAAUUUGGUAGAGGCGGCGGGGAGGUUGGGAAAGAUUGUCGUUGCCAGGAGUUGUGGGGAGGGAGUGACUGGAAGGGAGGUGGCGGAGGAGUAUAUUCGGGCGGCGGAGAAGAUGUUGGAGGAUGAUGUGAAGGAUAAUCGUGGGAUUGGCGAGUUUGGGGCGAAGUGGAUUAUGAAGCAGGCUAUUGAUGGGGCUGAGGGGAAGGGGAAGGUUGCGGUGUUGACCCACUGUAAUACUGGCUCCCUCGCCACAGCCGGAUACGGAACAGCUCUAGGCGUCAUCCGCUCCCUGCACGCGGCCAACUCCCUCAAACACGCUUACUGCACAGAAACACGCCCGUACAACCAGGGUUCCCGCCUUACCGCCUACGAGCUCGUCCACGACAACAUACCGGCCACCCUCAUCACAGAUAGCAUGGCCGCAGCCUUACUCGCGCACAAAAGCGCAGGCGUGGGCGCCAUCGUCGUCGGCGCAGACCGCGUUGCCGCCAACGGCGACACGGCAAAUAAGAUCGGGACGUACGGAUUAGCAGUCCUGGCAAAACAUCAUGGGGUGAAAUUCCUCGUUGCGGCUCCCCGGACGACGAUCGAUAUGAAUACGAAGAGUGGGGAGGGUAUUGCCAUUGAGGAAAGACCUAGGCAGGAAAUGACGAGGAUUCGGGGGCCACGGGUUGGAGGCGAGCAGGAUGGGUUGGGCGCUAUGGAGACUAUCACUGUUGCGGCGGAUGGUAUUGACGUGUGGAAUCCGGCUUUUGAUGUCACGCCUGCAUCGCUUAUUGAUGGGAUUAUCACGGAGAUUGGGGUUGUGGAGAAGGAUAGGGAUGGGGAGUUUCAUUUGGAACGUGUGUUUGAGUGA